AGAGUUAUAACUUUUUGAAUUUUUGCCACAUGUGGAAACAAUUUUUUCGAAAUUUCAAAACAUCAUAACUCUUGAACGGUUGCACAUUUUUAGACGAAAUUUAAAAUCUGUCGAUGAAAUUUGGUAUAGCUUCCUAUAAAAUUCUAAAAUCCAAGAUAAUACUAACAGUAAAAAAUCCUGGGAGGGGGAUCAGGAAAAUGCUAAUUUUUUUCGCAAACUCCGAGUGCAAAUUUUUUUUGAUAAAAUUCCAUCAUUUGGACUCAACAUCACCCUCUAUGAGUUUCAUUUGGGUCCCAUGCUCAAAAGUCAAGAUUCAGCAUACUGAAAAAUCCUGGAUACGUCACUGGAGACAAUGAAUAUUUGUACAUUUUUAUCUAAGUUUUGAGAGAUCAGAUAUGAUUGGUUGUUUGAUCUGGUUCUCAUGAAUCUAUAUAAAAUGAGAUAUUCACUGAUUGAAAUAAUUCGAAUAUAAGAACGCUCAAGAUUUUGUAAAUGCAAGAAAUAUACGGAACUAAGUUUUUUUGAAUCCGGUAGAGUUUUUAAUUAGGCAAGAUUUUUCCUGCCUUCUCCCUACAAAAUGUUUUUCCUUGCUGUUAAUUUUUGACAGUUAUGUGAUAACUUUAGACAGACACCAGAUAUUGAAACACGUUUGUCUUACGCGAGCCGAAAGUAAAAUAGAAAUGAGUAGAGCGUGUCGUUGCGAGGUGAAAAGGUUUUGAAGCGGGAUGGCCUAGAGACAGGUCGACUUUUGCGUUCGAGAUCGGGUCACCACUUUUUGUACUCCGAGGAUAAAAGAACAUUUUGCUAAAUUUUUCGUCUGUUCCACAACUGCAAAAAUAUGGACAACUCCGAUCUAACGAAGUCUAUUUCACAAUUUAUCUGUAUCAGAUAUUUAAAAAAUCCUACAAAACUCGUUUUUUUUAUUAUUUAUUUAUUCAACUACUUGGACUUUUUUGGAUCAUCUUGAUUCAGUUAUCUCCUGAUCGAUAUGACAGGUCGUUUAGAAUAUUGAACUUUAAUCUUUAGUGUCGGUCGGGACGGCAUUUUUCUAUCUCGUCAUCUCGGUCUUGCACAUGUUUAUUGCAGAUUCAUCAUAGAAUAUACAUUUUCCAAGGGUUCUACUCAAAUUAAAAUACAAAAAAAAAUUAGUUUUCUAUAUGAACUUAAUUUCAAUUGAUAUGACAUAGGAGAAUAUUUGAUCUGUAUGUCUUAGAUUUACUUCAAAAAAAAAAAUUUUUAGCAUCUGUUUUCACAUAAUUCUAAUCGAUUUAAAUGCUAAAAAGAAUAAUUCAGCAUCUUUUUCUAUUGUGCAUUAUUAAUUAUAGAAAUAUCGAUCAAAAUAGGCGAAUUUCAAAAACUUUCUAUUAUUUAGGUACGAAAAGCUGAAUUUAAUAAUGAUGUUUAUGUUACUCAUUUUGGUAUUAAUAUAUUAACAAAUAUGACUGAAGUUACAGGUCGUGUAUUAACCGCUCCUAAAAUUCAAUAUGGUGGCCGAACAAAAGUUAUUGUCACACCAAAUCAAGGUGUAUGGGAUAUGCGUGGUAAACAAUUUCAUACAGGUAUUGAAAUUCGUAUAUGGGCUAUAGCAUGUUUUGCACCACAACGAAAUUGUAAUGAAGCUGCACUUCGUACAUUUACUCAACAAUUACAACGAAUAUCAAAUGAUGCUGGUAUGCCAAUUGUUGGUCAACCAUGUUUUUGCAAAUAUGCAACUGGUAUUGAACAAGUUGAACCAAUGUUUAAAUUUCUUAAAACAACAUAUAAUGGUUUACAAUUAAUUGUUGUUGUUUUACCUGGUAAAACACCUGUUUAUGCUGAAGUUAAACGUGUUGGUGAUACAUUAAUUGGUUUAGCAACACAAUGUGUACAAGCUAAAAAUGUUAAUAAAACAACACCACAAACAUUAUCUAAUUUAUGUUUAAAAAUUAAUGUUAAAUUAGGUGGUGUUAAUAAUAUACUUGUACCAAGUGUACGACCAAUAAGUGUUUUUCGUGAACCAGUUAUAUUUAUUGGUGCUGAUGUAACACAUCCACCAGCUGGUGAUAGAUCAAAACCAUCAAUAGCUGCUGUUGUUGGUUCAAUGGAUGCUCAUCCAUCACGAUAUGCAGCUACUGUUCGUAUACAAAUGCAUCGUCAUGAAGUUAUUGCUGAAUUAUCAACUAUGGUUAGAGAAUUACUUAUACAAUUUUAUAAAUCAACACGUUUUAAACCAGCACGUAUUAUUUUAUAUCGUGAUGGUGUUAGUGAAGGACAAUUUGCACAUGUACUUGCACAUGAAUUAAUGGCUGUACGUGAAGCUUGUGUUCGUCUUGAAUCAUCAUAUCAACCUGGUAUUACAUUUAUUGUAGUACAAAAACGUCAUCAUACACGUCUUUUCUGUGCUGAUAAAAAAGAGCAGUGUGGUAAAAGUGGUAAUAUUCCACCUGGUACAACAGUUGAUGUUGCAAUAACUCAUCCAACAGAAUAUGAUUUUUAUUUAUGUUCACAUGCUGGUAUACAAGGCACAUCUCGACCAUCACAUUAUCAUGUUUUAUGGGAUGAUAAUCAUUUUUCUGCUGACGAACUUCAAGCAUUAACAUAUCAAUUAUGUCAUACAUAUGUACGAUGUACACGUUCUGUGUCAAUACCAGCACCAGCUUAUUAUGCUCAUCUUGUUGCAUUUCGUGCACGAUAUCAUUUAAUUGAAAGAGAACCUGAAAGUAAUGAAGGUUCUCAUCAAUCAUCGAAUGGUGAUUCUAAUGGUCAACAACAAGUUCAAUUGAGUCGUGCAGUAACUGUACAUCCUGAUUCGGCUCAAGUCAUGUAUUUUGCUUAA